AUGCCUCCGCAACCCGUACAGCGAAACUACUUCGUCACACCCUGGCGCAGCCAUGCCGACCUUCUGAAUGUCCGCCAUGGCCUCUACAGCCCUUCAACACCAGCAGAGCAAGGCCAUGCCAUCGCCACAGUAGCAGCAUGGAAGCAAAGAGGCAACGUUCCUCACGCAGUCGAGAGCACAGCUCUUCUAAUGGACGCCAUGCUCCUCCACGCUCAAUUCUCAACCUCCAGCGCACGUCAAGCCUCUACUGCCACCGACCCUUCAGAAUGGCCACUUCAAGGCGUUACUGCUGGCACCGCUUCGUCUUUUGCCCUGCGAGCUGCCUACACAACCGCACUCUCAAGAUUUGUGACUGGAUUUGCGGAUCUGGGACGCCAUAGGAACGGACCUGGUCAGAGUAUGUUUGAUGUGGCUAGAUCUAUCGGCUUGCCUCCGCAUUUUGUCGAACUCCGCCAUGAAGUUGCACACGAAGAUUUGCCUGGUCUCGCCAGACUGGUCCGCAGUGCUCGUGAAGCAGUCAACUGGCUGUGGGGUGUGUAUUGGGCGAAACUUCCUCAAGACGCUUGGGAGGCCGAAGCUGGCGAAGAGGCUGAAGCUCAAGUCGAUCUGGAGUCUCUGGCGGCAGUGAGAUUGGAGGCUACCGAGUACCUCAAGAAGUUUAGAUCACGCAGAGUCACGGCACUAAAGAGCAAGGCAAAAGCCAAGGAUGCGGCCAGCUCGUUACUUGAAACACAACAGCAUUGUCAAAACCUAUGCUGCGGUGAAGAUGAAGCAGCAAAGUGGACUCAAAUAGCAUCAGUCUUGAUUGACGAUGGCUUGAUUGUGCCAUCAUUGAAACAGUAUGNNACAAAGGGCCCUCUUGCUGACUCGGCGCUACAAGGCGCUUACUUGAUCUGGGAUGAGUUCCUGAUCAUGCUUGCGUCUGGAUCUUCGCUCUUCGUCGAAGCCUUCUUCGAACGAGCCAUCGCGCACAACGCACAACUAACGACCACGGACGAGGACCGGGACAGAGCAGACCCAACCAAAUGGGCCAUCUACCGCUGGAUCAUGCACGUACUAGACUCUGACGCCUGGCUAGAAAUGCGUGGCGAAAGUCCUGUACUGUUCGAGAUCCUGGCACUGAGAGAGUGUAUCUUGCAUCCCAACACACAAUGGAGUCAUGAACUGGCAGAAGAGAUCCUCGAGGAUGCCGAGAUGGAUGUUCGAACUACUUGGAAGAGUUUGGUGAAUGCUAGCGCCUUGCUAAGCGACCACGAUGCGGGUUCCGAGGAGGACACAGGGAAGGAGACGAAGAGGACAGACGACGUGAAGAUGGAAGAUGUCCCUUCAGAGCAAGGCGGUUGGCGACGAGAGACGGGAGCGUGGGAAUGUGUGCCGAUCGGUACCGUGGCAGAGUAA